AUGUUGGAGGCGCUAUUUAGCGUCGGUUGCACGCUGUCCCCAACAUUGUUCCAGGUGUUCAUCAACGAUCUGUUGGAGGUCGUAGAGGCAGUCCGGAAGGGAGAAAAAGUAUGGGACACGGAAACGUCGGUUUCAGGAAUGCUGUUUGCGGAUGAUUUUGUCGGUAUGUCGGACACCCCUGAGGGACUGCAACUGCAAAUUGACGCGGCGAAGAAGUUUACUGAUAAGUGGAGAUUGUCUGCCAACGUUCAGAAGAGUGCCGUCAUGGUAUGCAACGAGAACAAGGAGGAACCAGUAGAACAUAGAUGGAAGUGGGGGAUCGAGGAGAUUGCAGUAGUGGACCAGUACACAUACCUCGGAGUAGAGAUCGCAAAAGACUGCUCGUGGAAUGCACACAUGUCCAAGGUAGCGGAAAAGGGCAAAGCACGAGCAGGGAAGCUGCACCCAAUACUCGCAAACCGGCACCUCGAUACACGCAUCAAAUUGACGGUUUUGAAGAGCGUAAUCGUACCGCCGCUAGAGUACGCCGGAGAAGUAUGGGAAGGAAAUAAGAAGGUAGUGAAAGAACUCGAGGCGGCGCAGAUGAAAGCAGCGAAAAUCAUCCUUGGAUGCUCCAAGCGCACAAGUAAUGCAGCCGUCAGGGCGGAAUUAGGGAUCCAAUCCCUACGGCCGGGAAGAGACGCAAGGAAGCUGACAUGGCAGUACCGCAUGUGCGGAAUGGGAGAGGAGAGGUUGCCGAGAAUUGUAUGGGAGGCGAAGUGGGCAAACAAAAAGAGGGGUAGACAACCCACGGAAUGGGUCAAGGUUGUAGAGGACGUAUGGAAGGGGCUCGACAUCGACGAAGAUGAAACGCUGGAAACGGAGGGUCUACAGGGGUUCAAGGAGAAGAUAUCUGUUGCUUGUGCCGAGAGAGAAGAACAGAAUCUGAGGAAAGAAUCCAAGGAUAAGGAGGGUCUAGAAGUGUACGGAAUGUUGAAGGAAGGAAUAGGGUUCAAGGACUACCUACAUGGACCAAUGGAUGCAGGAACAAAGCUUAAGGUCAAAUUCAGGACCGGGGACAUAGGCCUUCGAGAACGUCGACGAAGACAUAGGACGAAUGACGAGGAAGACGACGAGUUCAAAUGUGAUUGCGGCUUCGAAUGCGAAGACCGUGUUCAUGUAGUCGCGGAAUGUCCGUUGUACAAGAAGGAGAGGGAAGUGUACGUGACUGAGCUGGGAAAAAUAGAUGGAACGUACAGGGAGAUGUUUGAGGCAUGGAAUAGAGAGGAAAGGACGGAACGAUUGUCCAUCGGUGAUCAGUCCUGUGGGAACAAUGCUCCGUCCUCUCGAGGACGCGUGGUCAAUGGUCUAACCGCUAAGGCAUGCAAAACAUAAGAGUACGCCCCCCCC